AUGUGGUCAAAUGGAUCAGAUUGGCCUCAAUGGCCACAGAGCAUGCCAAGCUCAGCUGAAGAGACCAGCCGCUGGGCUGAACUAGCUAGACAAUGGGCAGCUACAAAUAAUCCCCAACCACCACAUCCGUUUCCACCCCCUCCACCUCCUCCACCAUUACCGGAAGAUCAAGAUGAUAGGGUAUUUGUUCCUCCUCCACCAGCGCCUUCCACAGACAGCAAUACAAACAGAACUCGUGAUUACGAUUUAUUUUCUCCGGAAGGCUAUCCGCCACCUCCUUUGGAACAGUGGCGGGUUGAAAAUCGCGAUUACCACCAACCGCCUGAUAAGGAUUAUGGUCGAGGUCCUAACAUCAAUGAACAUAAUCUACAGCUGCGGGCGCAACAGUAUUUCAGACUAAAUGCGCCUCCGCCCCCUUCUAUGGUACAUAAUCCGCCACCAAUAUCAAGUUCGCGCCCACCUCCUUCAAUGCCCUUCAAUGGAGAGGAGAAUUGGAUGUAUCGCAAUCAUUAUCAGCGGCAACCAGAUUAUUCCUCUACUCCUGUGCCCCCAAUGUCCUACCCCCCACCCCCACCUCCACCCCAGGUUCCUAUGACACACCCUCCUCCUCAUCCUCCUCCUCAUGGUCCUCUUUUCCCUAUUGGUGGUGGUCCUGGUGUUCCUCCAGGUCCGCCUCGUCCACAUUAUGCACAACAUGGAUACCCCCAUCCACAUCCACCAAAUUUCCCUGUUCCCGAACACAUCAUGCCUGCCUUCAACCAAGCAGCGGGUCCCUGGCUUCAACAACCACCGCCACAACCUCGUUCGUCGUUGCCCGCUUGGUUGCGAGAUGAACUGGAAAAACUAGAGAAGCAGAAGCGCAAGGAACAAGAGAAGCUGGAGAUGGCUGCUACUAAGGGCCGCAAUGGCAUGGGAGAUUCAUCAGACGAUACAAUACGGAAUGCACGAGUUCGUCACGACUCCGAUGGCGCAGUCCGUAUGGACGAGGAAAGCGAUCGUGGAUCACCAAUGCACUCCGACUAUUAUGGGGCCGAAUCCGAAGAAGAUCCAGGAGGAGGAUCAAAUUUAGGUAAAGUUAGAGAAAUCAGCAGCUACUCACCAGCUCACGGCGGUUCAAGUUCUGCUUUGCUCCUGCUGUGUGUCGUGCCUGUCAGCAUAGCUCUUACUGAGCAUUCACUUCCUCUUAACAAUGUUCAUGGACUUGAGUCGCCUCCUUCUUCUAUCACCGAGGAAGAAUUUCAAGCUGCCUGUGCUCGUUUGCAGGAUGAUGCCAUCAAUGAAUAUCAUCGAUUCAUAAAAGACGCCCUUACAGACCUACUUCUUGAGAUAACCACAUUGGCGAUCAACGAGGUGUGUGAGGAGACGCUUCUCCAGGCCCGUCUGGUUGCCUACGGGAGAGAGAAUGACAUAGAUCAUCACGAGGACAAUGAGGACAAAAGUAGUACUCAUAGUUCUCAACCUGCAGUCGCUGGGGUUCUUGGUCUCUCUGCUUACAUCAGUGACAUUGAAUCUGACAACGGCGAUCACCUUGGAGAUGAAAAUCCCAAAGAAGGAAAAUCAGAACCACCUACAUUGACAGAAGACAAACAAAUUGUCCAGACAACAAAAGAAAGCAAUAAGGAGAAGGCAACUGUAGUUCAAACUGCUGCAUCUCCAAAGCAGCCUGCGGAACUUCCAAAGCCAAUUAUUGAGGAGUACAAGAAGGAAAAGCCAGCCAGAAAUGAGAAGGAGGGUGGGAAGAGGAAGGAGAAAUAUAAGUCUUCCCAUGGUGAUGAUAAAAAGAAUCCCUCAUCAUCUUCAAAAUCUCUUCCUAAGGACAAAAAAUGCCGUUCUCCUCGUAGUAGAGAUAGGGAUAAAAGCUCUCCAAUAAAGUUAAAGAAGUCGAAGACUGACCGCAAGGAUAUUCAGUCUUCCUCCAAUUGGCGUGAAAAGCGUGGCCGUUCAAAUAGUCGCAAACGAUCCAGAAUUCGAGAUUCGUCAGUGUCAUCCAAGCAACAUCGUAGUAAAAGGGAUCGGUCUAGUAGGAGACGUCGCCAUCGAUCUAGUUCUAGUUCAUCCUCGUCGCGGUCAAGUCGAAGAAGUCAUCAUCAUCAUCAUCAUAGAAAGCGGCAUUAG